AUGUCAAACGUUAUAUAUAAUCCACAAAUAGUUGAAGGUGAUUCAUCUGGUUUCAAUUACAGUAGUGCUGCUGGUGUACCAUCAGGUGGUGUUCACGAUCGCUCUGCUUUACCGACGACGCAUGAUACAACCACUGUGGCUAUAUCAUCACCUACUAGUCCAACCGUUUUAAUGGGUACAACAUUGAGUCCAGAUCAUGGAAAAUUAGGAAGUGAACACGGUGGAGCUGGAACACGUAAUAAUGAUCGACUCGGACAAAAUGUUCCACAAACAGGUGAUACAACAUCGCCAGUUUCAAAUAUUAAUCCAUAA